AUGGAUCUUUUUACAUACAACGCAACGUACCAGAUCUGGAUCUGCAUCGACUGUCGAUACGCCGUUACUCCCCGUCAAUUCGACGCUCAUCUCUGCAGCCAUCAUCGGCGCCAUCCAGCCGCCGGCACCGCGGAGCUUCGUCAGGCUGCCCUGGCCGAGAUGUUAAAACGGCCAUGGCUGGAGCCGACGCGGGAGCCAUGCAAAUUCCCUCCACCCGACUCCGCGUCUAUUCCCGGUCUUCCUGUCUAUCGUGGCUUGCGCUGCCCCCUCAGCGCGUAUGUCUCGCGGUCGCUGGCGACAAUCCGUAAGCAUCUAGCACGCACACAUCCAGGGACCCGACGACCGCGCGGCCGUGCUUGA